ACUACUCUCGUUUCGUGUGCAGGCUGUGGCACAGAGGCUGCGUCUCCUGUGGUGGGUUGGAUUUUAACAAGUCUUCUCGCCUCUCUUCGGCCCCGGAUUCCCAGUUGCAUUAUUUUUCGGAUUGUUUCUUUGUUGAACUAACGUAUUCUUAUUUUUGUAACACCGAUGCUGUUAUUUUCGAAUGUGGCUUGCCCGCAGCUAUGGAUUGACUUCAAGCUUCCUUCAGACCCUUCUAGCUAAAACUAAGUUCCAGAAAACAAUCAGACCCCUCGUUCUCAGCGUUUCUCUACUUUUGCUGGCUAUUGAAUUAGCUAGCUAGCUACAUGUUUCACCUGGCCAGUUUCAAACCUAACUGGUCCCGGAUGUUUUUAAACGCUGUUGGAGUCAUUGAUCACUGAACUGCUUCAUUUGCCACAAGGGUGGAACGAAAGGGACGGAGGAUUAAAAACACGGAUUUUUCCUGAGGUUUUUGUACAAACAUUUAUUUUCUGAAAAGUGAUGGCGGAGCGGGGAGCACGAUUGCUCCUCUCUCUCUCCUGUCUCACCUUUCUUUACACGCCUGCAGUGGCUAGGCAUGCCGACAAAGGCUCGACCGUGAGGCACUUCACCCCGUUCUGGUUUUCGGUGGAGCCAGCGGACACCCUGGCGGUGCGGGGCGGCCCCGCCCUGCUGAACUGCUCGGCGAGCAGCGACAGCCCCGCCCGGGUGGAGUGGAAGAAGGACGGAACCUUCCUGAACCUGGCCUCCGACGACCGGCGGCAGCUGCUGCCCGACGGCUCGCUGCUCAUCACCAGCGUGGUGCACUCCAAGCACAACAAGCCCGACGAGGGCGUGUACCAGUGCGUGGCCUCCAUCGACAGCCUGGGCACCGUCAUCAGCCGCACGGCCCGCCUCACUGUGGCAGGCCUGCCCCGGUUCUCCAGCCAGCCGGAGGCGUCGUCGGUGCGGCUGGGCGGCAGCGUGGUGAUGCCCUGCGAUGUGAACCCCGACCUGGCGGCCUUCGCCCGCUGGGAGCGCGACAGGGAGCCCCUGGAGCCGGGCCGGCGGCUCGUCCUGCUGCCCGGCGGGGGCCUGCUGCUCAGCAACGCCUCGGAGGGCGACGCGGGGGCCUACCGCUGCGUGCUGGAGAACCUGGGCCCCGCCAAGGCCAGCGAGGAGGCAGAGCUGCAGGUCCUGCAAGAGACGGAGGUGGAGAGGAGGCUGGAGUUCGUGCUGCAGCCGGGGCCCGUGACGAAGGCGGUCGGGGACGACGUGCUGCUGGCCUGCGUGGUGACGGGCUUCCCCGCCCCGGAGGUCCGCUGGCUGCUGGGGGACAAGAUGAUCGAAGAGAGUGAGGGCCGGUUUGAGGUGGUGGGUGGAGGCAGUCUGCAGAUUCUCAACCUGACCGAGGACGACGCUGGGAUCUACAGCUGCCUGGCGGACAACGGGAACGAGACUGUGGAGGCCCAGGCUGAGCUGACGAUCCUAGUUCCCCCGCGGUUCCUGAAGCGCCCCGCCAACAUCCACGCCCACGAGUCCAGGGACAUCAUCUUCGAGUGCGAGGUGACCGGCUCCCCACCUCCCACCGUCAAGUGGGUCAAGAACGGGGACGCCGUCAUCCCCAGCGACUACUUCAAAAUCAUCAAGGAACACAACCUGCAGGUCCUGGGCCUGGUGACGUCGGACGAGGGCUUCUACCAGUGCCUGGCAGAGAACGACGCGGGCAACGUGCAGGCGGGCGCCCAGCUCAUCAUACUGGACCUCGAUGUUGCCAUCCCAACACCCCCUCCCACCUCACUGACCCGUGCCACUACUGACCACCUAGCGCCAGGCUCCGGCGGCGGCGGGGGACCCACGCCUUCGGCCCCGCGGGACGUGGUGGCCUCGCUGGUGUCCACGCGCUUCAUCAAGCUCACCUGGCGGCCGCCGGCCGAGCCCCACGGGGACAACAUCACCUACUCCGUGUACUACGGCCUGGAGGGCACCGGCAGGGAGCGGAUCGAGAACACCAGCCGCCCAGGGGAGCUGCAGGUCACCAUUCAGAACCUCAUGCCCGACACCAAGUACGUGUUCCGAGUGGUGGCCCACAACCGGAACGGCCCGGGCGAGAGCUCCAGCCCCUUGAAGGUGGCCACCCAGCCCGAAGUGCAAGUACCAGGCCCGGCCCCAAACCUGCAGGCCGUGACGACGUCCCCCACGACCGUCGCUCUCAGCUGGGAUACGCCGGUCACCGGUAACGGGGAGAUCCAGACCUACAAGCUGUACUACAUGGAGAAGGGCGUGGACAGCGAGCAGGACAUUGACGUGGCGGGCCUGUCCUACACCAUGACUGGACUGAAGAAGUUCACAGAGUACAGCUUCAGAGUGGUGGCCUACAACAAGCACGGGCCUGGUGUUUCCACUGAUGACGUGGUGGUGCACACCUUUUCAGAUGUUCCCAGCGCUCCCCCGCAGAACCUCACCCUGGAGGUGCAUAACUCAAAGAGCGUUAUGGUUCGGUGGCAGCCCCCGCCCCCGGGCACCCAAAACGGGGAGAUCACCGGCUACAAGAUCCGCUACCGCAAAGGCGUUCGCAAGAGCGAGGGGGCCGAGACCACCAGCGGCUCGCAACUCUUCAAGCUGGUCGACGGUCUGGAGCGCGGCACGGAGUAUACCUUCAGAGUGUCCGCCAUGACGGUGAACGGGACCGGUCUCGCCACGGAAUGGGCCACGGCCGAGACCUUCGAGAGUGACCUGGACGAAACGCGGGUGCCGGACAUCCCCAGCUCCCUGCACGUGCGGCCGCUGGUCAACAGCAUCGUGGUGAGCUGGACGCCGCCGGAGAGCCAGGACAUCGUGGUGCGGGGCUACACCAUCGGCUAUGGCGUCGGCAGCCCCCACGCCCAGACCAUCAAAGUGGACUACAAGCAGCGCUACUACAGCAUCGAGAACCUGGAUCCGAGCUCGCAUUACGUGAUCACGCUGAAGGCGUUCAACAACGUGGGGGAGGGGAUACCCGUGUACGAGAGUGCCGUCACCAGGCCGCAGUCAGACCCCAUAGACCCUGACGUUGAUUUGUACGCACUUUUCCAUGCUCCAUACACUCCAGUACCAGACCCCACCCCUAUGCUGCCGCCCGUCGGAGUUCAGGCCUCUGUUCUGAGCCACGACACCAUCAAGGUAACCUGGGCCGACAAUUCGCUGCCCAAGAACCAGAAGAUCACUGACGCCCGCUUCUACACGGUGCGCUGGAAGACCAACAUCCCGGCCAACACCAAGUUCAAGACUGCCAAUACCUCCAACUUGAGCCACAUGGUGACAGGCCUGAAGCCCAACACACUGUAUGAGUUCUCCGUCAUGGUGACCAAAGGGAGGCGGACCAGUACCUGGAGCAUGACGGCUCAUGGGACCACCUUCGAAACGAUACCGAGCUCUUCUCCCAAAGAUGUAACGGUGGUGAGCAAGGAGGGACGACCGCGCACCAUCAUUGUGAACUGGCAGCCCCCCUCUGAAGCCAAUGGCAAAAUCACAGGGUACAUAAUCUACUACAGCACCGAUGUGAACGCAGAGGUCCAUGACUGGGUGAUCGAACCAGUGGUGGGCAACAGACUGACCCACCAGAUUCAGGAGCUGACCCUGGACACCACCUACUACUUCAAGAUCCAGGCCCGGAACUCCAAGGGCAUGGGUCCGAUGUCAGACGCCGUGCACUUCCGCACUCCCAAAGCUGAAUCUUCUGACAAAAUGGCUAAUGACCAAGCCUCCGGGAGCGCGGUGAAGCCCGGUCGGCAUCCUCCUUCAGACGACAGCUUCGGCCCCUCAGUCGGCAAACCCGGCGGCGAAAACCCCAUCCUGGUGAUCAUCAUCAUCAUCUCAGUGGGCGCCUUCACCAUAAUCGUGGUGGUGGUGGGGGCCUUCCUGUGCACACGCCGCACCAACUCCCACCAGAAAAAGAAACGGGCAGCCUGCAAAUCCACCAACGGCUCCCACAAGUACAAGGGCAACUCCAAGGACCUGAAGCCUCCAGACCUGUGGAUCCACCACGAGCGGCUGGAGCUGAAGCCCAUCGACAAGUCGCCCGAGCCCAACCCGGUGAUGACGGACACGCCCAUCCCCCGCACCUCCCAGGACAUCACACCUGUGGACGGUCCCAUGGACAACCCCAUCCACCAGAGACGCAACUCCUACCGCGGCCAUGAGUCAGAGGACAGCAUGUCUACACUGGCGGGGCGGCGGGGGAUGAGACCCAAAAUGAUGAUGCCCUUUGACGCACAGCCCCCACAGCCCGUGAUUAGUGCUCACCCCAUCCAUUCCCUCGAUAACCAUCACCACCAUUAUCACUCGGGCGGCCUGGCCUCUCCGACACGCGGCUACCUCCACCAUCAGAUCAACCUGCAGCCCCUCGCUACCCCCAUCUCCCACCUAGACAGGGCCGACUCCGCAGAGUCGGUGCGGAACACGCCCAACACGGACCCCCUGCCCGCCGCCGCGCAGCCCGUGAGCGCUAGCGACCGCCCGGAGCCAGAGGGGAACUUCCACAGCUCCGGCCCCGAGGAGGAGCCCGGCUACAACCCCGCCGCCGCCCACCUGCGGCCCGCCCACCCCCUCAAGAGCUUCGCCGUGCCCGCCGUCCCCGCGCACCCCACCUUCGAGUCUCCGGCCCUGCCCAGCACCCCGCUGCUCUCCCAGACCGUGUGUGCCGAUGUUUCAGGGCCUGCCUCCCAACUGCACUCUGUGAAAACUGCGUCUAUUGGCACUCUAGGCAGGACACGCACCCCCAUGCCCGUCACAGUGCCCAGUGCCCCUGAUGUGCCCGAGACCAGCAGGAUGUUGGAGGACUUGGAGAGCAGCUAUGAGACGGAUGAGUUAACAGAGGAGAUGGCCCACCUGGAGGGCCUUAUGAAGGACCUGAACGCCAUCACCACAGCUUGAGCCCCAACCCGCUGGACCCCCCCCCCCCCCCCAUCCUCCCCCCAGCCAUGUGGCAGCGGGGGUGGGGAAAGAAAGGAAACAAAAUGGAUGAAAUAUCAAAACCUUCAAGAACAUAGGAAAACAAACUAAAACUCUUGGGUCACCUUGCUUACUCUCAGGAAGGAGACGGCCAUUUUAAAGGAGACAGCUCGCAAUUUUAAAGAACCAACCACAGUGACAAUGACGUCGACAAAAGCAACUACAAUAAUAAAGGUUACUUCAGCCAGAAGAUUGUGAUAUUUUCAGCAAAAAAAAGAAAAAACAACCUUUUUUCCUUUGGUUGCCAUGGAGACCGUUCCAAAAGACGCCAUUUUGUAACUCUUAAGAUAAAGGAAAAAAUUUAAGUAUGCCGGUAUUGGUGUUGGUGCUUUUUUCGGCACAGAACUACAGUGUUUGGACAUUGCAUUAGUGUCAUUUAUUUGUGCGUUUUUGUAUACGUUGUUCCAUGUUCCAGUGAAGUGAACAUUGGAAGAGAGUCCUUUUAUUCCCUAAACUCUGCCAUUUUUUAUCUAUCAUUUUGAGUGAAUGAUGUUUGUUUACCCCCUCACUGCUCCACCCCCAGUCCCCCCCCACCCCCCGUGUCAUAUAUUGUGCCAUGUCUUUAUUAUUGUCCAUUAUGUUUCUAUGUAUUAUUUUAUAUACAUAUUCAUAUAGAUAUGUAUAUAUGUUUAAAACUGCCUCAUUCUUUUUUUGUCAUUGCGAUGUUUUUGGAUGUGUAUGCCUGGAAAUCCCAUUUUCUUGCAGCUCUGUACUUCUCUAUUUAAGUAGGAGAGAAUCUGCGAGUUUUAUUGCAUUUGAAAGGAUUGAUACAUUGUGACCUUGUCCCCCCCCCCUCCACCCUUCCCUCCUUUGUACAUCGAGAUUUUUACGCCUUGUUUUGUGGGAGUUCCAUUUGAAAGACCACCCUGCAGAAUGUGUCCUCGUGCCUGGGUCUAUAUCAUUGGAGAUACUCUGCCUUCCUGGAGGUAUUGUUUAGCAUCCCCCUUCACCUCCUGCCCAUAAACCAGCCUGUGCAUGAUAUUGGCUGAGUUGUUUGCUGGAUGGUGAGCGGGGCUUAAAGGCUUGUGCCAACUUGGAGACCAUUGGUCCAGUUUCUUUCUGUAAGUCUGAGUCCUUAAGGAUCUCCCAGAAAGAACCUUCCAGGCUGGGGUGUUUAGUCCCGGCCUCUUACGCCCAUAUCAGUUAAACUGGAGGAUGUGCAACUUAAGCUGUUGCAUACAUAUUCUGCCAGUUGGCCAGAGGCAGUGUUUUUGCUUGGGAAGGUAAGAAAGAAGGUUGGUUUUUUUUGUGUGGGUGGCAGCUUUGGCCCCAGUUCAGAAUGUAAAGGUCAAUUUGCUUUUCCCCUUUUUUGUAGUGGAGAAAGCAGAGAUUUCAACUGCAUUUCUGGCACUUUGCCUGGCAAUAACUACAGAGGUGUCUUUUAAAUGCGACUCCCAAAUCAUAUUUUUUUUAAACAUGUAGUUUGUUUUAUAUGAAGAACAGACGUAGCUCUGUAAACGAUUUCAAUGUAAAAAAAAGAAAAAAGGAAAAAAAAAUUAAAAUAUGUUCAUGUUAAAAAAAACUGAUUUUCCUCUGCCCUUUUACCCAAAGAAAGAUGUCGUUUGCAAUCAUAAUUAAUCACUCAACAACAAAAAAAAAAAUUUCCUUGUUAUGUCCAUCCUCAUGAAUGUUAAUAUAACUGUAAAUUCUCCUCAUUGAUUCAAAAGAAAACUUGUUUGAAAAAUUGAGCAAAAGAAGGAAGAAAUGGACCCACUGGUGGAUAACAUGAUAGGCAGUCAAACAAACCUGUAUUGCACUUUUUCACAAUUUUCAAAAAUACAUUUCUUACAUAUGCUGUGUUUUGGAUAUAAAGCUCUGUUUUGUGUAACUGUAGUGUUAUAGGUUAGCAGUUGGCUGCUGGACUUGUUUCUGUUAUAAUUUGCUCCUUUUUGUCUCGAUAAUGAAAUGGAGCUGCAGGUUUUAUUGUGUGGCAGGUGAGGAAUUCUGUUGUUGCCUCUUUCUGUACAAAUACCUUUUGCUUUAUGUAGAAUAUUAUGUGGCUUUUUUUUAAAAAACAAACUAAAUUGAGAAAAAAAAAAAGAAAAAAAAAACUUCCCUGUUCUUAUUUUGUAUUGGUGUUCCAAUACAUUUUAUAUCCAUUCCUGCCAAUGAGUGAAGAUCCAGUUUUGUUGUGCAUGUUUUACCCAUGUCCUGGCUGCGGGUGGCUUCUUGGAUCAGGCUUUUCAUGUGACAUCUAAGGUCAGGCUUUGACCUUAACGAAUGCCCGAAGAAGGACAAACUAAACAGUGGAUUCUUACAUGAAACCUUGACUUCAGGUCACACACAAGGAACAAAUCCCACUCUUCAUUCAGUACACUCAUCAAAGAGAAUGUAGCAAACAAUUCAGGGAUUACUUGGUCUUUCUUGGAAAAAAAACUUAAAAAAUAAAUAAAAGUGAUUAACAAAGCCUAGAAUCUAAACAGACAUAUGUAUAUAUAAUCAUUCCUCCUUAGCACAAAGAGUGAUUCUGAUCACUCCAACAUUCCUCUGCUAUUUCCCCAUCUCAUACUACACUGUAUACACACUACCAGUGUUUGUGUGCAAGGCAGGAUGCACCAGUGAGCUUACAUGUGGUAUGCACUCCUGCUUUGGUUUAGGUUAGUAAUGUCAAAGGAGAUUUGCAACACGACAUGGCUGAUGGUUCAAACUUGAUUUUUAAUCAUUCAAUAUCUUAAUGUGUUAUCUUGGCAAUCAGGCUGUGAUGAUGAAUAAUGGUAAAAUAUUGCAGUACAAAUAAUUAAGUGAAUAUUAUAACUGAGAUGCAACUGAACAUCUGGUUGUUUGACUAUGUGGGAUGGUUACGUGUGUGAUUGCAUCUGGCCUUUAUUCUUUGGCUUAUUGCGUCCAAUUAUGUGGCCUAGUUCAUGCAUGCAAUGUCAUAGAGCAUUCUCACCCUGAGGGAAGUGGCCAGCCAUUCAGAGAGAAUGGUCAAUGAGAACAUUUGAUGAGGAACCUUGAAGAUCCCGUGAAAUGGAAGUUCGAGCAGCACUAGCUUCCACAUGUGACGUAUACAUGGGUCAAACUAAUCUUUCAGGGGGAAUGUUGAAGGGCAAGUUGAUUUGUCAAUUGACGUCAAAGAUGUCAAAUGAGGAGUAAUGUCCUUUCAUGCAGCGGCGGAGGAUGAUUGGAGGGGAAUGGGAAAAAGACACACCCACAGGUACACGAUGACGUAAAAUAUAAAGUCCAAUUGUUUUCCUGGAAGUAGACGGAAAAAUCUGUGGUGUGAAAAUUCACAGCUGUUACAAUUUUAUGGAAUAUAUACUGCACAUUCCUGUAAUUUCUCUUGGAGCAAAUGUAAUUUAAGUGAUUUGCACAAUACGAAAUGGUGCAGAAUCCAGGAUGAAGGAAAUUCUCUUUUCACAAACUUUGCGAGGACUGCCAAGGCGCAAUUCCAUCCAUUUAUGAUACCGCUGUUCCCAAUGUACACUUUUUCACCAUAUUCACAUAUCCUCAUAUGCUAUAUUGAUUAUUUUGCGUCAAGGUAAAUGCAAGUACACAAGAAAACAAAAACCAGUCUGUGGAGAGGUGAAAAAUGGUCAGAAAAUCUGAUAUGGCAGAUUUCACAAUUGUGGAUUACUGAAAUGUACCGCAUAAACAGUUUUAGGAGACCAGUGGCAUUUUGUUUUGAGAGUUUUCAUGUAUUAUAGUGCCACCUUGUGGUUAAAGCAGCAGCUUGUUUACGGUGUGGAAAAAAAGUGAUUUAAUUUAUUUUUAUUAAUUCAUUCUUUGCUUGCCACUGAUUCUGACCAUUUAUCCUGGAACAGAAAAUAUAUCACAAAAUAAUAAUUACCCUAGAAAUCAUAAUUCUGUUUAAGGCUUUCUGUUUAAUUUUCUGACUAUUUGUUUUUCUGACCAUAAAAUGGUUAAACAGAAUAUAAAUAUUUUCAGUUUCCUAUAGAACCCUCUUCAGCUUUGUGUUCUUCAUGUGCCAGAAGUGCAGUAGAGACUGGAAUUCUCACCCUGGGAUUGCUUCCGACCAGGAGGUUGGUACAGUCAUUGUACCCACCAAGACUACAAUCCCAUGCCUUUUUGAAGUUUGCAUUUGAUAAUUUGCAUCAUUUUUGAGGUUAGGUGUGAAGUGCGUGUAUUUAAUUUUCAGUAUUUUUUCAUAUUGACAACAUGCUGAUUAUUUCUGAUCUAUCUGGAUGAAGGAACACAAUUAAAAUGACAUUUUCAGUUUUUGGAGGAUAGAUCUCUUUUUAAAUGCAACAUGUGGUAGCUAUUCUGGUUGAAGCAACGUUGGGGGAUUGGAUUUUCCUUCUUUGGAUGGAAUACAACAGUCCAAACUAUUUUCUAAGUAGUUUAUCAGAGUCUGGAACAUUUUCUUAGAUUAAUUUGAUUAUGUUUCUUCAAUAUAGGUUCUCUCGACUAUCUUGCUUUUUUGGACAGCUUUUCAAAAAAAGUUUUUUUCCUGAUAGAGGAUACAAUUGAUCAAACAAAAGGGAAAAAUCACAAAUAACUUUUUGGAUGAAAGACGAUAUAAUUUUCUGUUGAUACUUGCAUCAUAAAUGUCUUAAAACACAUUUAUAGUCAUUCAUUAACCAGUAAAGUAAUAGUUGAGGGUAGUAAAGGUUUCCUGUUCAUAUGAGUCAGAAAAUUAUUCUUAAAUGUGUUUAACCUUUUGGGCUCAAGACUAUAUUACGUAUGUAUUUUGUCAUUUUUCACUGGAAUGGGUUUUUCCUCAUAUAUUUCUAAAAACAUUUUUAUCUGUAUACUUCACUUGUUAACCUACAUUUUCCUUUUGAUGUGAAUAAAAAAAAUAUUUUUGAACA